CGGGCCCAAGGCUGAGCCGCCCUCCCUGCCGAGUUCCCGUCCGGCCCUCGGCAAUCCCAAGCCCCAGCCGCCGGCUGCGCGCCCCGCGCCCCCUUCUCACCACGUCUUUCCUCCCGCGCGCUUUGAUGCGGCAGCUUCGGACCGGGGCAGCUCCGCUUCUCAGAUCGCUGGGACCCUCCCCGACGGCUCCGCCUUCGCCCCUCGCCCUGUGUCCCUGCCGAUCCCGGGGAGGUGGGGUCCGGGCCAGUCACAGCCCCGCUGAGGCAGCAUGUUCACGUCCAAGUCCAACUCGGUGUCUCCCUCGCCGUCCCUGGAGCAGGCCGACUCGGACGCGCUGGACAUCAGCACCAAAGUGCAGCUCUACGGCGUGCUGUGGAAGCGGCCUUUCGGGAGGCCGUCGGCCAAGUGGUCCCGGCGGUUUUUCAUCAUCAAAGAGAGCUUUCUGCUUUACUACUCUGAGAGCGAAAAAAAGAGCUUUGAAACCAAUAAAUACUUCAAUAUACAUCCUAAGGGCGUCAUCCCUUUGGGGGGCUGCCUGGUGGAGGCCAGAGAAGAGCCCAGCAUGCCCUAUGCCAUGAAGAUCUCCCACCAGGACUUCCAUGGGAACAUCUUGCUUGCUGCUGAGUCCGAGUUUGAGCAGAUCCAGUGGCUGGAGAUGCUGCAGGAGUCUGGGAAGGUGACCUGGAAGAAUGCCCAGCUGGGAGAAGCCAUGAUCAAAAGCCUGGAGGCCCAGGGGCUGCAGUUAGCUAAGGAAAAGCAGGAGUAUUUAGACAAACUGAUGGAAGAGACGGAAGAACUCUGCCUUCAGAGGGAGCAGAGAGAGGAGCUUGAGCGCCUCAACCAGGUGCUGGAGGCCGAGAAGCAGCAGUUCGAGGAAGUGGUGCAGGAGCUGAGAAUGGAGCAGGAGCAAAUCAAGAGGGAGCUGGAACUGACUGCAAGAUGCCUUAAGGGUGUAGAACAAGAGAAAAAGGAACUGAGGCACCUUACGGAGUCCUUGCAGCAGACGCUGGAGGAACUCUCCAUAGAGAAGAAGAAAACCCUGGAAAUGCUGGAGGAGAACGAGAACCACCUGCAGACACUGGCCAAUCAGAGUGAGCAGCCCCCUCCCAGCGGGGGUCUCCAUAGCAACCUCCGGCAGAUCGAGGAGAAGAUGCAGCAGCUCUUAGAGGAGAAGCUCCUGGCAGAGAAGCGGAUGAAGGAGAAUGAGGAGCGCUCACGGGCCCUGGAGGAGGAGCGUGAGUUCUACUCCAGCCAGUCCCAGGCAUUGCAGAACUCGCUGCAGGAGCUGACGGCAGAGAAGCAGCAGGCUGAGCGGGAGCUCAAGGCUGAGGUGAAGGUCCGCAUGGACCUGGAGAGGCGUCUUCGGGAGGCAGAGGGGGCCUUGCGAAGCCUGGAACAGGGGCUGAACUCCAAGGUGCGGAAUAAGGAGAAGGAGGAGAGGAUGAGGGCGGACGUGAGCCAUCUGAAAAGGUUCUUUGAGGAGUGCAUCCGGAAUGCCGAGCUGGAGGCCAAGAUGCCCGUCAUCAUGAAGAACUCCGUGUACAUCCAUAAGGCAGCCACCCGCCGCAUCAAGAGCUGCCGCUUCCACCGGCGCCGGUCCAGCACCUCCUGGAAUGACAUGAAGCCGUCCCAGUCCUUCAUGACCUCCCAGCUGGAUGCCAACAACAUGGAGGAGCUAAAGGAGGUGGCCAAGCGGCUCAGCAGGGACCAGCGCUUCCGGGAAUCCAUCUACCACAUCAUGGCCACCCAGCCCGGAGCCCCCUCCGCACUCUCCCGGGGCGGAAAGUGAUGGGCGCUCCUCCCCUGCCUCCCAAGUCUCCCCUGGAUGGGUCGAGGAGGGGAAGGGGUGGCAGAGGGAGGCCUCACUCUACCAGCUCCUGGCCUCUCUGGUCUGGAGCCUACUUCUUCUCUGGGGCAGAGCUCCAUCUGGGGGCCGGCCUUGCCCUCAAAGGACAGGGAUGCUGCCUUCCUCACCCUCACCCCACACCCCACACCCCACCUUUGGGUCUACACCAGGGCCAUGCAGGCCCGAGUGGGUGCUGGUUGUCAUAGUGAGGUGAGGACAGGGUCUGGUUGUAUGUGGAGAUUUGUGUUGGCUGGCGAGAGGGCAGGGAGAGGCUGUCUACCGCUAUGCAGUCGGGCAGGGCCUACCCCUCUGAGGAAGAUGGCUGCCCACCCUGCCCAUAGCCUAU